UCACGCAGGGCCCUAUAAAAAGCUAACGAAGCAACCAUCGCAGGGGGACGCAGAACCAAAAACAGAGAGGAGCUCGAGAGAAACAGGGGACUUCAACUUCCCCUCACCUAGUUAAUCCCAUCAACCAAACAAAAACAUGAAAACGGAGAAAAAGGGACCAAGAGAAAGAAAACAAAAGGAGAGACUGGGGAAGCAUCGUCCAACCGGUGUGUCAUCGCCUGCGGCUCCGUCUCCAGCACAAGUAUAAAGAUUGCAGUCUAAUGCUUGUAUCAUUACUUUCAGGUAUAAAUGUGAUUCCAUCUAAAAUAAAAUAAAAUAAAAGAGGCAGCCCAUUUUCACUCAUCUAGUCUUUUUCUGUGGCCAGGUUCAGCCUACUCAUCUGGCCCAUGUUAACAACACCACCUCUCUUAAAUCCGCGCGCUCCUUCCCUUUUCCAAAUUUCCUAUACAAACACAGCUUUGGCGUUCGUUUCCCAUGUAGAGUUUGGAUCCUCGUAAAUUUAUAUUUAUGUUGCCUUUCAAAACUCUCAGGACAUUUCUCACAAAACAUUUGUUGUCUCAAUCUUACAUAAUUUUUCCUUCUCACUAUUUCAAUAUUCCCAUAAAAUGCCUUCACCAAUCCAAACCCCAAAACCUCACCAGAUUUUUCACCAGAAAACCAAGAAACCCAAAACCCAAAUCACCAUCGUCAAAUGUAAUAGAACCCCAAAAAAUUUACAUGAGGGACAUUAUCUCAAACAUAUACAAAAUCUUGAAAUACUCAACGUGGGACUCGGCACAAGAAGAGCUAACAAAACUAAAUAUCAAAUGGGAUUCUUUUACAGUCAAUCAAAUACUUAAAACCCAUCCACCGAUGGAAAAGGCUUGGCUUUUUUUUAACUGGGCUUCAAAGUUGAAACGGUUUAAGCAUGACCAGUUUACUUACACAACCAUGCUUGAUAUUUUUGGAGAAGCUGGAAGGAUUGAGUCGAUGAAGUAUGUAUUCAAGAAAAUGCAAGAAAUGGGGUUAAAAAUUGAUGUUGUUACCUAUACUUCAAUCUUGAAUUGGGUCUCAAAGUCUGGUGAUGUUGACGGAGCAGUGAAAAUUUGGAAAGAAAUGAGAGAAAAUAUGUGUUUUCCUACUGUUGUUUCGUAUACGGCUUAUCUAAAGGUUUUGUUCGAUAAUAAGAGAGUGAAAGAGGGUAUUGAUGUUUAUAAGGAGAUGCUUGAAUCUGGGAUUUCUCCAAAUUGUCAUACAUAUACUGUUCUAAUGGAGCAUCUUGUUGUUACUGGCAAAUACCAAGAAACCCUUGAGAUUUUUAGCAAAAUGCAAGAAGCAGGGGUACAACCUGAUAAAGCUGCAUGCAAUAUUUUGGUUGAGAGAUGUUGCAAAGCAGGGGAGACAACGACAAUGACCCACAUUCUUCAAUAUAUGAAACAAAAUCAUCUCGUUCUUCGUUACCCUGUAUUUAUGGAAGCACUCGAAACUCUAAAAGAUGCUGGUGAGAGUGAUGCUCUCCUCAGGAAAGUUAAUCCUCAUAUUGAUACUGAAUCAAUUGGUGAUGUGGAUGCCUUUGAGACUAUGACAACUGUUGGUGAUGAUGCUUUAGAUGGAGGUCUUGUACUGAUACUCUUGAGAAAGCAGAAUCUCGUAGCAGUUGACCAUUUGCUUGCUGGUAUAAUGGAUAAGAAUAUACUACUGGAUUCUCGGAUUGUUGCAACCAUCAUUGAAAGAAACAUUGAUCACCAAAGACCUGAUGGUGCUUUGUUGGCCUUUGAAUACAGCAUGAAAAUGGGUAUACAACUUGAAAGAACAUCAUAUCUUGCUUUGAUAGGCAUGUCGAUAAGAUCAGACACAUUUCUGAAGGUGGUGGACAUUGCUGAAAAAAUGACCGUGGCUGGGCAUUCUCUUGGAGUGUAUCAAGCUGCACUCUUAAUUUAUAGGCUUGGGUGCGCUAAAAGGCCUACUUGUGCUGUAAAGAUUUUUGAUUUAUUGCCUGAAGGCCAGAAGUGCACUGCCACUUAUACUGCUCUAGUUAGCGUAUUUUUCUCUGCUGGUAGUCCACAAAAAGCACUUCAGAUUUACGAAAACAUGAAAAGGGAAGGGAUACAUCCUUCUUUAGGUACUUACAAUGUUCUAUUAGCUGGUCUAGAAAGUAGCGGCAGAAUCAGUGAAGCAAAAACAUAUAGGAAGGAAAAAAAGGGACUGCUGAUUAAUAAUCAUCAUCAGAAUAGUGUCCCCAUGGGGCAAAAGAUUUGUAACCUUCUGUUUGCCAGCCAUUUGGUAUCUUGACACCAUUUUGGACAAGCGUUCUCAUGCUAAUGGCAUCGCCAAGAAAAGGUAUAAUGUGGCAUGCUGUAAGUGGAUUGUAUGUUGAGCUGACAGCACCAUGUACAUGCUCAGGAGAGUGGCAGGGAGUAGUGGCUGUUCUCAGCUCUGAAAAGUCAAAUUGCCACUUAGAUAGAGUUCUCAUUUUGGCAUGCUUGUAUUAUGAGUGUCUCUAUCAACUGCGUAAACACAGAAAAGACAGAAGUGUGCUUGCUGAUGUUUUCAAAGUUUAUAUAUUUAGAGUCUUUAUAUUUUUUUA